AUGAUUGAUGACAUGAUAAUUUCAUUGAUUUAUCAAGAAGCAGAUGAAAAGUUGUUGAACACCUUAUAUGAGGUAUUUACGUAUCUCAAUACUGCAAAAUUGGCUAGAUUUACAUUGGAAUACUUGAUAAGUGGAAAAGAUGAAAGUGAUGAUUUACUUGGACUUAUACCUAUUGAAGACUUAUGUAAACAAAAAUAUAAGCUAUUAUUGCUGAGACUUCAUAUUUCAAAAUCAUUAUCCCCUGGUGGAGAUGAUAUACUGGAAUUGGAACGAAUAAAGAACAAAUUAUCCUUUUUGGAACCAAUAAAGGCUGACUAUGAUUCACUGAUUGAAAAUACGAGUAACUUAAGGACCGUAAACAUAAACAUUGAGUGUGCUCAAUAUGAUCUUAAUUGGACAUCUGUUAUUGAUAGCAUUAACAAGAAAUUAAAACAUUUGCAAGAUAAGGACAGAUCUCAAGAAUUAUCACGAUUAAGAGUAAGGGAUUUAGAUCCCUAUUUGCUUACUGAACAUCCUAUAGAAAGAGUUAAAUUUAGCAUUCCUCUUCUCAAAGAUGAGGCUAGACAAGAGGAGGUAGAGUCUGACUUAGAAAAGAAAGGCUUGAAGGAAACGAAUAAAGGAGAAAUCGAGGCUACGGACGGGGAAACUCUAAUCGAUGAAGGCUGUAACCAUGCUGACUCUGAUGAAGAAGUAUUUCUAGAGGCGAAAGAAUUUUUAGAAAAGGAUCUAAGUGAUAGAAAAGAUACAAACGAUUCAAAGAAUGAAUUGGAGGUUGACAAACAAACCUCUGAAAAUAAUAAUGAUCAUACUUCUAUUAAUAGGGAAGAUUUAGAAGGAGAGAGGAACACCCCUGAUGAAAACGGAGCUUCUAAACCUGCACCCAUAAUCCAAAGAUCAUCAAAAAGAGUAAGAUACAGAAAUGAAGAAUCAUCAAUGGAAAUAAAAGAUAUAGAAAUAACUAGGAACUGUUUUGUUGAAACAGAACGGUUUUUUGAAAAUUUAAAUUCAUAUUUGGACCUCUUUAACAAGAAAACAGGAACAAAUUUAGCUCUAACAAAUAUUAUUGACAUAUAUGUUCCUGAAAAAAUGAACGAUUGCAAAAAUGGACUUGGAAAUAAUGGAGAAGGUUAUGUUAAUGACUUCUUAUUUAUUCUUAAUGACUGGAAUACAAGGAAGUACACCAAUUCUCUAUUUGUGGAUGAUGAUGCACCAGCAGGAUCAACAACAAGCAAGUCUACGGAAGAUGAAAAAAUCAAGCUAAUGGAAGUUUUGAGUACUUUUGGAAAAAAGGGUGAUUCGCUCAGCUCAGAGUUAUGUAAUAAUAUGAAAGAUAUUUCGCUGUAUGAAACCACAGAAGAAAUCCAAAAAUUCCUAUAUGAUGUAAAUGAAAAUCCUUGCCAUUAUGAAGAACUUAAGAUACUUAUUUUGAAGAGAUUUUUAAGUACCCAACAUCGUAAAGGGAAUUUCAGAGGGGAUGAAAAAUAUUGCUUAAUAGUAGACACUGUUUGGAGUCAUAAGCUCUACGAUAAACUUAAGGAAUGGGCAAUACAAUGCGAAUCAAUCCUUUUGAAUUACUUGAAGGUGAAAGGUUGUGAUGCAUUAAUUUUGAGCAGUAUUCUCGAUGACUUGUCAUUUUCAGUGAGUAUUUAUGAAAUAUUGGUAGACACUUAUAUCUCAAUUAAAGACCAGAUAAGUAACAUGACAUCAUUGAGUUACAAGAGAACUAAUCAGAAGCCAAACAAAGCCACUUUGAACAAUAUUUCUUUGGAAUUAGUCAAAAUCGGGGAUAAAUUAAAUCGAUGGACUCAACAUUUUGAAGACUUGUUCGAGAGAAUAGAUUUAUCUCUUUCUAUGCUGAACCAGGAAUUUCUUAAUUAUUAUUGCAGAUACAAAUGGUCUCUUAUACAUAAAGAGAAGUCUCAAAAUACUAUAUGGCAAGAGAAAGGAUUUAUAAUGUCUCAAUUACACGAAUUGCUCAACGAUAUUCUGACAAGAUAUAUAAUUGAUGCACAAAUCUCUUUGCCAAAUUAUGAGAAUAUUAAUGGAAUAAGUGUCGACAGUAUUAAAGCGCAGAUAACAACUACAUCAAUAUUAUCAAUAUUAGCGAAAAUUUUAUAUGCUAAAAAAGGAACAAAUAACGACGAGGCAAUACAUCUUUUGGAAACUAUAUUAAUUAGUGAUUCGAACGCCAAGGAAUUAAUUGAAGUAUUUCCUUUAAACAAAGAUGAUAAUACCUUUGACAAGGAUGCACUUGUUGCAAUUAAAGAUUUUUUGGAAGAAUCUCCAGUUGAUAUGAAAUUAAGUUCAUGGAAUAUUUUAUUUCUGUAUUACGAUGAAAAUAAUGAAUUUGCUAAGUUUCAACAUGGAUUUGAACAAAAUGUGUCUUUUAUCUUGAAUUAUUUGAACAGUAAUACAUAUAAUGAACUUAGCGGUACAAAGUUUGAAACUUUAACAAAAGUAUUGGGCUCGUAUGGUAAACACGUAAGGAUAUUUUUAAGCCACUUGAAAGAAAAUGAUUGGAAGCUAUCCAGGGAUCUGCAUAGAACGUCACUAUCAAUUGAACGUACAUUCGGUGAAUUGCUUAAGCUUUUUGAACUAUUUUACUUGUUUAGCGUCCAUGAAGAAGCAGCUUUAAUAUCAAGUUCUAAAAUAUCUGUUAAAGCUAGAUCGAAUAAAGCAUAUGAAAGAUUUAAGGAUAUUUUCAUAAGCACCGUCUCAAUAAUUGUUAUUUAUUAUAAAGAAUUAUUAAUGAAUACUAUUGAAAAAGAGGAUAGUAAAGCAACCAGUCAUAUAGAGAAAACUGUUGGAAAUUUUAUAUGCGAUUUCCACGAGCAGUUGGGAUGGCGAAGGGUUUGUGAUGCUGCACAAGGAUUAUUUUUGAAUUUGGCUCAAGGUAUAUUAGUAGAAUUCAAUAAUAACCUAUUCGAGAACCAAUUAAUGCAACUUAUUUCAUGUCGAUAUCAUUAUAGUGUGAGUAUAGAUAACUUCACACCCAUUAAUCACGAAACUAAAAAAACUGCUGAAUUUGAUCUAUCAUCUACCCAGAAAAUGGCAGAUUAUAUAUUGCCUUUGUGCUUCAAGAAGAAUCCAUUAAAGACAACUCCCAAGUCGGAUAUGAAACUAUUAAUAGAUGAAUUUUAUGAAGUCGUAGGAGAUCCAGAUUUUGAUUCAAGUGAAGUUCUUAGCAGGAAUGACUCUUUAUUUGAACAUUUCCUUGAGUCAACAUCAAUUACCUCUAGAUUUCUUCGUGAUACAUUCUACGGGUUGGAAGAAUUAGAUUUCACUAAUCCACCCGAGAACUCCAAUAUAAUAAAAAGUGGUUUAUAUUAUAUGCAAGGGCUAUUAAUGUUUGCAUCCUAUAAGAUUAGAAAGAAAUCAACUCAAAGUAGGGCUGUUGAACUUGAAAAUAUUAUUAUGUUGUUGAAAAAUGACUUGAUUUUCUGUACCAAUAGAAUGGAAAGUUGGUUUUUAUUAGGACAAGCAUAUGGUUUCUUGGUUGAAGAUGAUUUGAUAUGGACUUCAGACAAGUUAACAGUGCCAGAACGAAAGAUAGGAACGGCCAAUCUUCAAAGAAAGUCAUUGAUAUGUUAUUUGAUGGCGAUUAAUGAAUCUACAAAGACGAAUAUACUGGAAAAAUCCGCAUUAAAAUCUACAUUAGGGUCUCUCAUGGCAUUAUUUUCUAAAGAAAUGUACAAUGCAGCAAUGAAACCAAUGGAUACACAUGCAUUCAAGGUCCAGAAUAAUCCUCGUUUUAUAAAGAAACCUGCAGGUGCUGCUUUUGUUAGUGUAACAACAAGUUCUGUGAAUUCUAAUCUUUGUUUAAAAGUUAUUCAACAAUCAUUACAUAUAGCUAUAAAAGCAAAAAGAAGCGAUUGGACAUACUAUUAUUACCUUUCUAAGGUACAAAGAAAAUUAAAUAAAUCUCCGAAAAUAGUUCUAAAUGCAUUGGAACAUGCGUCGAAGAUAGCAAAAGAUCAAUCAAAUCCAUCAGAUCCUAUUAUUGAGCCUCAUUAUAAAAAGUGUUCCUUAAUCUAUAAGUAUGUAAAGGAGGGUUCUUUGAGUUUUGACCUGGCGCUAGAAUAUCUCAAAAAUGACCCAGUAAUUAACUACGAGAAUAGCAAUAAGAACAUUGAGAAUCAAAUAGACUUUUAUGGAGUUGUUGUGCAUUGCCUUAAAGCAGUAAUAGCGUAUGAUAAAAAAAAAUGGCACCAUAAACCUAGGUAUAGAUUAGCGAAAAUAUUAUUUGAAGAAUAUGGCAAAAUUAAUGAGGCAAAGGAAGAAAUUUCAUCAAUUGUAUCAUUGAAAUCAACAAACAAAACAUUGGUUCUGAUAUGGAAACCCGAAAACGAAAGGCCUGGUAAACAUUUUUACUACACAUUCCAGUAUGCGCUUUUCUAUGUGGUAUUGCUUUCAACUGAAAAGAAUCUAAUUAGCCUCAUACAAAUGCUUCCGAAAUUACGGCGCUCAAAUUCAAUUAUGGUUUCUUUAUAUACUAUAUGGGAAACAUUAUGUUCAUCAAUAUGCAAAAUCAUUAGAAACCUGCUUAAGGUCGACGAAAGCUUUACAGAAAGGUUCAUGCUUUCUCUACCUUAUCAGAAAUUUAUGACGAAUUCAAAGUCGUUUAUGGAAAAAAUGAAAGCCGAUGGGGUACCUAAGGAGUUACAAAUACAUAUGUGUUUCCUUCAUGCGAUUACCGAUAUGAAGAAACUAAAUAAUGGAUUCGGCCCAACAUCUUUAAUUGAUGAUACUAUGGUUGCAAUUUUUAUUAGAAUUUAUUUAUAUUUUGAAAAGCAGUUGAUUAGCCUGAAAGCAAUAAUUAUUACCGAACCUAUAGAGUCUCCGAACGAGAAGACUAAAAAACUUGCUAAGAGAGAUUUCUUUCCACUAAUUUCUGAUAUGUUGAAAACUUUUAGAAGAAAUAUCGAAAAUGUUUUAAAGGAUCAGCCUGAAAUUUAUAAUGAAUUUGUAACUUCCUCUGAUAAAGAAACAAAACGGGAAGAAAAUGAAAAUUCGGCUAUCGUAGAGGACGAGCAAAGGAGGGAAGAUAUCAAAACGCCAGAAUUAAACAUGGAUCGUUCAAAUAUCGAGCUUGAGUCAGAUACAAAUAUUACGGAGAAUAAAAAAGACUCCAAUACCAUACUUCAGGAGAAUACUAAUAUGUCUCCAGAAAGUAUUGGCUUUAACUAUAAUAAUGAAAAUUCUGAGCAUGAUUCUAGAGUGCGGACACUAGAUCAUAUGCUUAAUAAUAAGGAUCCACGCAUUGAGGAAGAGGAGUCUUCAAAGUUAAAGAAACAAAAGUUAAAUAACGAACACCAUGAUUCUGCCUAA